AUGGUGCAGCAAGCGGAAAGUACGGAAGCGGAGAGCAACCUGCCCCGGGAAGCGAUGGAUACAGAAGAGGGCGAGUUCAUGGCUUGCAGCCCCGUCGCUUUGGACGAGAGCGAUCCGGACUGGUGCAAAACGGCGUCGGGGCACAUAAAGAGACCAAUGAACGCCUUCAUGGUAUGGUCUAAGAUCGAGAGGAGAAAAAUCAUGGAGCAGUCCCCGGACAUGCACAACGCGGAGAUCUCCAAGCGCCUGGGCAAGCGGUGGAAAAUGCUGAAGGACAGCGAGAAGAUCCCUUUCAUCCGGGAGGCGGAGAGGCUGCGGCUCAAGCACAUGGCUGAUUACCCCGACUACAAAUACCGGCCCAGGAAAAAGCCAAAAAUGGACCCAUCGGCCAAACCAAAUUCCAGCCAAAGUCCGGAGAAAAACGCGCCCACCAGCAGCAGCGGCAGCAAAAGCUCCAAGAGCUCCAGCAAGAAGUGUAGCAAGCUGAAAGCUUCCUCCGCCUCCUCGCCUCCCAAGCCGGGAGCCAAAGCCUCCAGCCACGGGGACUACGCGGGAGACGAGUACGUUUUCGGCACCCUGAAAGUGAGCAGCAAGACGGUCAAGUGCGUCUUCAUGGACGAGGAGGAGGAUGAGGAGGAGGACGAGGAUGAGCUGCAGCUGCGGAUCAAGCAGGAGGCGGAGGAAGAGGAGGAGGACGAGGAGCCGGGGCCGCAGCAGCUGCGGCGAUAUAACGUGGCCAAAGUGCCGGCGAGUCCCACCUUGAGCUCCUCGGCGGAGUCCACCGAGGGGGCGAGCCUCUACGAAGAGGUGCGGGGCGGUGCCGCGGCGGCGGGCGCUGGCAGCAGACUCUACUACAGCUUCAAGAACAUCACCAAGCAGGGCCCGCCGCCGCCGCAGCAGCCGCCCGGCCUCUCCCCAGCCUCCUCCCGCUCCAUCUCCACCUCCUCGGCCGGCAGCGAGGAGGCGGACGACCUGCUCUUCGACCUCAGCCUCAACUUCUCCCAGCACGGCCACGCCGCCGCCGAGCUGGGGGCGGGGGCCGCCGCCGGCAACCUCUCCCUCUCGCUGGUGGACAAGGACCUGGAUUCCUUCAGCGAGGGCAGCCUUGGCUCCCACUUCGAGUUCCCCGACUACUGCACCCCGGAGCUGAGCGAGAUGAUCGCGGGCGACUGGCUGGAGGCCAACUUCUCCGACCUGGUGUUCACGUACUGA